AUGGUUCAGUCUCCGAUGCUGUCAUGUCCAUUAAAGCAGACCAACGAGAUUGACUGGAUUCGGCCUCUGAAGGAUUAUAUUAGACAGAGUUACGGGGAAGACCCGGAACGGUACAAUCAAGAAUGCGCGACGCUCAACCGUCUACGACAGGAUAUGAGGGGUGCUGGAAAGGACAGCGCGACGGGCCGCGAUCUACUAUACCGGUAUUAUGGGCAGCUUGAGCUUUUGGAUUUGAGAUUUCCUGUCGAUGAGAAUCACAUCAAAAUCUCCUUUACAUGGUAUGACGCCUUUACCCACAAACCGACUUCUCAGUACUCGUUGGCCUAUGAAAAGGCGUCGAUUAUUUUCAAUAUCUCUGCCGUCCUCUCAUGUCAUGCAGCCAACCAGAACCGCGCAGAAGAGAGCGGGUUGAAAACCGCAUACCAUUCCUUCCAGGCAUCAGCAGGGAUGUUCACCUACAUCAACGAGAACUUCCUACACGCCCCUUCGACCGACCUUAACAGGGAGACGGUCAAGACAUUGAUCAACAUUACACUUGCCCAGGCGCAGGAGGUCUUCCUCGAGAAACAAGUAACGGACCAAAAGAAAGCUGGAUUUCUCGCCAAGUUGGCCAGUCAGGCGGCUUAUCUUUACUCGCAGGCCGCUGAAGGAAUUCAGGAGUAUGCCAAGGGUGUCUUUGACAAGUCCUGGACCAUCGUUGUGCAAGCAAAAGCGGCUCACAUGGCGUCGGUAGCUUCGUAUUAUCAAGCUCUGGCGGACAGUGAGAGCAACUCGCACGGCGUUGCUAUCGCUAGGCUGCAGUUGGCUGACAAAAACUCAACUGCAGCAAUGGGAUGGGCCAAUCUCGUUGACACCAUCAAAUACCAUCAGGCAAAUGUGCAGGUCAAACUGGCCACUUUUGUAAAGGACAACGACUUCAUUUACCAUCAGCCCGUUCCCAACGAAGCUGGCCUGUCCGCUGUUGCCAAGCUGCCAGCAGCCAAAGCCAUCCCCGUGAGUGAACUUUACCAGGGACAAGACAUUCAACGUAUUAUCGGACCAGAUAUAUUCCAGAAGCUCGUUCCCAUGUCAGUGACGGAGACAGCUAGUCUCUAUGACGAAGAAAAGGCCAAGUUGAUACGUGCAGAAACAGAAAAGGUCGAGACAGCAGACAGCGAAAUGGCUGCCAGCCUGGACUACUUAAAGCUCCCGGGAAGCCUCAAUAUCCUCAAAGGGGGCAUGGACCAAGAAAUGACGGUCGACGACGAGUUCCGACAAUGGUGUCAGGAACUAGCGGGCCAUCAAUCGUUCGCUAAGGCGUUUGACACCCUUCAGGACCGAAAAGGCGAGAUACUCUCACAAUUAGACCGAUGCUCAAAACAGCUUGACCUGGAGGAGAGCGUAUGCGAGAAAAUGCGAUCAAAGUACGGAGCCGACUGGAGUCAGCAGCCCAGUGCCAGACUCAAUUCUACACUGCGCAGUGACAUUCGGACGUAUCGGGACACCAUCAACGAGGCCAGUGCCAGCGACUCGCAGCUUCUAGCCACUUUCAGACAGUACGAGACGGAUUUCGACGAAAUGCGCUCUGCUGGCGAAACAAACGAGGCCGAUGUGUUGUUUCAGCGCGCAAUGAUCAAAGCCGGAUCCAAGCACGGAAAGGGCAGGAAUGGAGUCGGCAGUCCCUAUGCAUCGACUCAGGAGGGAAGCCUGCUAGAUGAUGUCUACGAUGAGGGAAGCCUUUCGGUGGCAGAACAAAUCGCCAGGGUGGAAUCCAUUCUGAAGAAGCUGAAUCUAGUGAAGCGGGAACGGUCUCAGGUGUUGAAAGACUUGAAAGAAAAGGUUCAUAAUGACGAUAUUUCCAACGUCUUGAUCUUGAACAAAAAGUCAAUUGCUGGACAAGAGAGUCAGCUCUUUGAGACCGAGUUGGAGAAAUUUCGUCCUCAUCAGAACCGGCUGCUCCAAGCAAACCACAAACAGGCCGCACUAAUGAAGGAACUCACCAAGGUCUACGGGGACUUGCUUCAGGAUAAGCGAGUACGGUCUGAACAAUCGAAAUAUGAAGCCAUCACCCGCCAACGGAACACCGUGAUGGCCCGGUACAAGAAGAUAUACGAUGCCUUCAAUGGUCUGCUCUCCGGGAUCGCGCAAGCGCAGACCUUUUACACGGAAAUGGUUGAGACAGUAGAGAGCCUAAAGAAGAAUGUUGAAACCUUUAUCAACAACCGACGGUCCGAAGGAGCGCAACUCCUCGGGCAGAUCGAGCGGGAAAAGGCAGGCACUGCAACGGACCAAGAGGACCGGGAACGAGAGAAGCUGCGGCAGCUCAUGGAACGCCUGUCCACCGAGCCAAAACCUACCUCUACUCCCUUACCAUCGACGGCCCCUUCCAAGGCAAAAUCCCCUCCACCACCCGUCAAGGCACCCGGGUACCCGGGUCCAGGCAUUGCCUCUCCUCAAAUGUCACCACACUUUGCGCCUGGUGUUGCUGGCCAACAGCAUGGCAUCCCUCUCUCCCAUUCCCCCGCACCUUAUGGUCAAUAUGUCGCUCCGCCAAGCGGCGUCUCUUACAUGCAGGGGCAGCCGUUCCAACAGGGCGCUGCGGCACCGUUGUCAGAGGGCUACAACCCAAUGGCAUAUCCGGCGCCUACUUCAAUCUCUCCUCCCCCUAGUCAGCAAUACUAUUCGUCCACGCCCGCUCCCUACAGCGGAUACUCGAAUCCGGCACCGCCAAACGCUCCGUCACAGUUCAUGCCACAGGGUUACGUGCCCCCUCCACCACCGCCACGGCCGCAGCAACCAUCCUACCCACCCUCUACAGGCCCAUACCCGUCCGGUCCUGGGGGAUACGCACAAAGCAGGCCGUACGGAACGAGCCAGCACCACAAGACGCCCUCACAGUCUCAGUCAUCCUCCUCAACUGACCCAUGGGCGGGCCUCAACGCGUGGAAAUGA